UUUUGACAUUCAAAUUUAUAAUUCUGUACAUUACGGACAUAACAAAUCAUACCAUAUUUUUAUUCUAAUUAAUAAUUUUAUAAAUUGUGUUACCAGUAAUGGAGAAAAACGGGUUAAGCUCCUUGGGAAUAAUAUUUAUGCAGUGCUCGGCUGCAAUACGAGGUUGGGUGAAACAGAGCCUUAACAUUGAUAUGCGUUGCAUUGAGGAGCUAUCCUCUGGAGCCAUCUACUGCCAGUUGCUGGACAUGAUUUACGAAAAUGUGGUGCCGCUCAAGGAUGUCGUUUUCGCUACAAACCGUAUAACUAUUUUUAGAAAAAACUUUAUAGUGCUGCAGAAAUGUCUGGAACAGCUGGAGAUUCCGAUCGAAGUGCCCAUCGAAGACCUUGUUUGGUGCGACUUUGAGGCAAACCUGGCUUUUGCCGUAGAGUUCUUCAAAAUCUUCAGGACUCUCAGCAGCUCUUGUGAGAAACGAAUGCUGACCUACAAAGCACUGACCGCCCGUAACUAUCAGAAGUUCUCGAUGGACCCCCCAACGCUGGUCUCUCGUGGAACUGAGAUCCCAAAUCUCGAGGAGCUGGAAAAAAAUUUCACAAGCUAACGGAGACGGUGAACGGAUUAAAUAAGAUCUCGGAGAAACCUAAUAGAACCUUGGGAGAUGCCAUCUAUAGAUGCCGGACCAAUUUCCGGCCUGAUUUCACUUGAGCAACUUCAGAGAAAUCCUUCCAAUUACAGACCGAUAACAUA